AAGCAUGCAUACCAACAUCACCAGCUUGCAUUACUGAUAGCUGCAAGCAUGGCUAUCGACCCCUACCUCGCGGCCGCCGCCGCUCUCUGUCUUCUCCUUCACCUCCUCCUCCGUGGCUUUCUCCGCAGGUCGACCUCCCGCCUUCCCUUACCCCCGGGCCCUCGCGGCUUCCCCAUCAUCGGCGCGCUGCCGCUCGUCGGGGCCAAAGCGCACGCCAACCUCGCCCGCCUCGCCAAGCACUACGGCCCCAUCAUGUUCCUCCGGCUAGGCUCCCACGGCUGCGUCGUCGCCUCCAACGCCGACGCCGCCCGCGCCUUUCUCAAGACCCUCGACGCGCAGUUCGCCAACCGCCCCGACCCCCUCAGCGCCCGGGAGGUCACCUACCAGCGCCAGGACCUGGUCAUGGCCGACUACAACCCGACGUGGAAGCUCCUCCGCAAGGUAUGCAGCCUCCACAUGCUGGGAGGAAAGGCCUUCGCCGGCUGGGCCGCCGUCCGGCGGGACGAGUUCGGGCGCAUGAUCCGCUCCAUGCACGGCCUGGCCACGAAGGGUGAGCCGGUGGUGCUGCCGGACGUGCUCGUGUGCGCGCUGGCGAACAUCCUCGGCGUGGUCCUGGUGAGCAAAAGAGUGUUCGACACCCACGGGGAGGAGUCCAACAAGUUCAAGAGCAUUGUGCUCGACAUGCUCACGGGCGGGGCGCAGUUCAACAUCGGCGACUUCUUCCCCUCCAUCGCGUGGAUGGACCUCCAGGGGAUCCAGGCGAAGAUGAGGAGCGUGCACGUGAGGUUCGACGCCAUGCUGACGAAGCUGCUCCUGGAGCACGAGGCGUCGAAGAAGGAACGACAGGGGAGGCCGGACUUCAUCGACAAGCUCAUGGAGAACCGCGUAACGGAGGACGGUCAAACUAUCACGGACGUCAACAUCAAAGCACUGAUCAGCGAUCUGUUCACGGCGGGCACAGACACAUCCGCCGUCAUCGUGGAGUGGGCCAUGGCGGAGAUGCUGAGGAACCCGGUUAUCCUGAAGAGAGCGCAGGCGGAGACGGACGCGGUGGUGGGGCGAGACCGCCUGCUGGAAGAGUCGGACCUGCCCAAGCUGACGUACUUGCAGGCGGUGUGCAAGGAAGCGUUGCGUCUGCACCCGUCCACCCCUCUCAGCCUGCCGCACUUCUCCUACGAGGAGUGCGAGGUGGGCGGCUACCGCAUCCCCAGCAACAGUCGCCUCCUCGUCAACAUCUGGGCCAUCGGGAGGGACCCGAAAGUGUGGGCGGACCCGCUGGUGUUCGACCCCGACCGCUUCGUCGCCGGCGGCGAGGGAGCCAAGUACGAUCCCCAGGGCAAUGACUUCGAGUUCAUCCCCUUCGGAGCAGGGAGAAGGAUCUGCUCGGGGAAGCUGGCUGGCAUGGUGUUUGUGCAGUACAUGUUGGGCGCCUUGGUGCACUCCUUCAAUUGGAGACUUCCUGAUGGAGACGAGGAGCUCGACAUGGAGGAGAAGCACGGGUUGACCAUUCCCAAGGCCGUGCCUCUUAAAGUCUUUCUGACUCCACGCUUGUCCGCAGCCGCCUAUAUCUGAAAAAAAAAAAAAAAAAUAUAUAUAUAUAUAUAUAUAUAUAUAUAUUUAUAUUUGUGUGUGUAUUAGCGUAUUAGCGUAUGACAUGCCUUGUCCUUGUGUUAACUAUUAAUCUCUCUUGCAGAUGAAGAGGAGAUUAAGAAAUUAAAAUGUCUAGAUGUCAAUCGAGAGAUUGGAAACUAUUAUAAUGAAUAAAAUGAUUAAGUGUGUCA